AUGAUGGCUGCAAAAAACAUGGUUAAACUGAUGAUUGUCAUAUUUGCAAUUUACUUUCUUGCACAAACAUAUGGCAAGUCUAUUAGGAAGAGAUCUGUGAGUGAGAUUCAGCUUAUGCAUAACCUGGGCAAACAUCUAAGCUCCAAGGAAAGGUUGGAAUGGUUAAUGAAGAAGCUGCAGGACAUGCAGAAUUUUAUUUCCCCUGAAGCUCUGACUGUUUACAAAGAUGGUGGUUCCCUGAAAGCCAGAAAACAGACAGACAAUGCCUUGAUUGAGAGUCAUCAAAAGAGUCUUGGAGAAACAGACAAAGCUGAUGUGGAUGUCUUAAUGAAAGCCAAAUCCGAGUAA